AUCGAGCGCUCCAUAGCAGCAGUAUCCAUCUGUGCGCGAGCGGGGGUCCUGCAUUGGCGCGCCGCGCACCAACAAAACUGCUCAUGCAGUCCCACUGUGCAGCCUGCAUGCCAUCGCGCGGGCUCAAGCCAGCUCCAGCUAGCUGCUCUCCAGCUAUUGUUUAUAUUGUUAUUGUUAGGUUAAUAUUGUUAUUGUUAUUGUUAUUGCUUGAACAUGGCCAGUUGAUUGAUGAGAUGUCACUUGCGCUGUUUGACGGUGCUUUCUUCUUACGAGCAGAAAGCAUUUCGAACUAGGUUUGUCGGGUGGCCUUCUUCAAGUUGGCUUGAAUCGAUUUGAAGGGCAGACGGGCAGUACAACGUGUAAACGAACAACCAGGAAAUGCAGGGGUGGUGGUGCCCGGUGUAACACGGCCUCCUUACGAGUCAACUCGUUGGGGAUCUCGAUUGGGGAGAGUGUGUGCAGAAGUAUGGGCUUAUCAGACGUGGCCGAACAAAAGUUCCGUAUGCCCACGGCUGAAAACUUGGUGCCCAUUAGGAUCGACAUUGAACUUGACGGGAGAAGGUUGAAGGAUGCAUUCCCAUGGCAUGCUGAUGAACCAGACUCCACCAUCCAGCCCUUUGCAAAGCGGCUGGUCAAGGAGGCAGGCUUCUCCAGCGCCUUCGCCCAUCCUGUCUCCCAGUCUAUCCAGGCACAAUUGGCUGAGUUCCGCUCAUAUGAAGCACAGCCUGCUCCGGCGGCUGGCGUAGAGAAGAUUCGCCAAAUUAAGUUGGAGGUGCGGGUAAACAACACGUACAUAGAGGACCAGUUCCUUUGGGAUCUCAACAACUACGACAGCGACCCAGAGGCGUUUGCGGAGAGCCUGGCUCGGGAUUUGGAGAUAGAUGAUCCGGAAGUGGCGCCUGCAAUAGCCUUGGCCAUCCGGGAGCAGCUCUACGAAAUGGUGAAGCAGAGUCUGAUGGGGCGGGAAGGCCGGAUAAGCAAACGGGCACGUCGAGAAAAGGGCGUUCCAGACUACAGCCAAGUCGGCGACACGACGGCUCUGAGUCUCAUGAAGCGGCCCAACAAUAAAAUAAGCGUUGUGAGGAAGCGGAACGACUGGGAGGAGUGGGAGCCCAUGUACGAGAUCUUGACCGACAAGGAGGUCGAGGCGCUUGACGCCAAGGACGAGAGGGACGCCCGCUUCAAGCGGCGGCAAGAGGACGAGCUGGGGCCACGGAGCUACUACCGGCCUUGAACAGAACAGAAACGAGGUGUGGCAAGCGGCCGCACUUUGUGAUUGCUUCGAAGAUCUAUCCUAUGUAAGUUGAUCGGACGUCAAUGUCGAUUUUCAAUCAUCCUUCUGUAGAGAUUCAGGCGUAGGCCCUGUGCCAUGC